GACAUCCCCAAACUAUUUACAGCGCGCGUCGAAAAACAGCAAGCUGAUGGAUCACUCUGGGUAUAUUUCUGGUGAUUUGGGCGUAAUUAGGAAAACCUGUCAGCCAAAUUCUGUUAUGAUUUCGUCUAGGGCUGGAGACAGGAAAAAAAGAGAAAUCGUCAGGAAAAUGACUGGUGAUAAAAUACUAUGAGCCACAAUUGCAAAUCAUUAUUUCUCUCAGUACCCAGUGGAGAAACGAGGGAGAAUUUCGGGUUUUCUUUGCUUGAAAAGGCAAAUUAGUCUACCCGGUUCACCUGACAUCAGGAAACUAAAUCUGCUAAAUGAAAAAGAGUUUUUUUUUAUGUACAAACUACAGACUCCUCCCAGACAUGUCUGGAAGAAAACCUCUAGUUAACAGCAGGAGUUGGCCACUGACAGACUUUCCAUCCACUCUGGCUGAUGCAUGAAUAAGCGUUUCUCUUACCUCUUUUACGCACGAACAAAAUGAAAGUUUUUAUUUCAACUGUGACAGUGUUGUGGGUGAUAUCAAUGCCCUGCAUGGAAGCCAUCCACGGACUGUACAACUUUGGACAGCAUGAUUUAUUCUACAAGAAGAACAAAUGCAAGCAAAUUCCUGCAAACCUCCUCCUUUGUCAUGAUAUAGAAUACACGGAGAUGCGCCUGCCGAACCUGCUCGGACACGAAACUAUGAAUGAAGUUCUGCAGCAAGCUUCGUCUUGGAUCCCUCUUGUUCAGAAGCAGUGCCACCCCGACACAAGAAAGUUCCUUUGCUCUCUUUUUGCUCCAGUUUGUCUGGACGAUUUGGACGAGCCCAUACAGCCGUGCAGGUCGCUAUGUGAAAGCGUCAAGCGUGGCUGCGCGCCUGUCAUGUCCGCGUUUGGCUUUCCAUGGCCAAAGAUGUUGGACUGUGACCGUUUCCCACUCGACAACGACCUGUGCAUACCACCUGCAAGCAUCGAGAACUUUGUGCCAGUCACCAAAGAGGUGCCCAGGAUAUGCGAUGCCUGCAAAGAAUCAGAUGAAAAUGACAACGAAAUUGUUGACAACAUUUGCAAGAAUGACUUUGCUCUGAAAAUCAAAGUCAAGGAGAUCUCAUACAUCAAUGGCGACACCAAAAUAGUGCCAGAGAAUAAGAGCAAGACCAUCUACAUGAUGAACGGUGUGACAGAGCGGGACAUGCGGAAGAUGGUGCUGUGGCUGAGGGAUGGACUGCAGUGCAUCUGUGAAGAGAUGAAUGACAUCAACGCCGCCUACCUGGUCAUGGGUCAGAAGAUGGAUGGCCAUCUGGUCAUCACCUCACUGAAGCGCUGGCAGAAGGGACAGCGGGAGUUUAAGAGAAUUUCACGCAGCAUUCGUAAGAUGCAGUGCUAGAAAGGACAGGCAAAAAAAUGUCAAUGUCGAAGGUCAAAUUUAGUUUAUUUUCCUUAUCCAGUUGACACACAACUUGCAGCUAUGGGUCACAUAAUCUGCUCUACAGCACAGCAAAGAUGAUUCCCAGGAUUCAGAAGACAACCUCUUGUUUUGUCUAUUGGUCAAAAGAGGCACAUACAGGAGUAAAAACUCAUUACAUAUAUAAACACAUUUUUUUUCUCUAAAGCUAUGAUGUAAGUGGGCCUGCAGGUAGUGGAUAAGGUACUAAAAAAAACAAAAAAAAAACAGCUAAACACUUUUUGGAAGUUCAGUCAUUGACUAUCUUAUUUUGCAUGGAGCAAGUGCCCCCUAGUGGACAGUUUCUAAAACUUUAAACUCUUCAACCUUUACAUUAAAACCUACUUACAUUAAGAGCUGGAAGUGUUGACAGCAUGAGAUGAGAAUCUGUUAUUGAAAUGCACAAAUGAACUACAAAAAUACUCUAGUAAAAUAUUUUGAUGAAGCGUUCCAGAUAAAGUAUUUUCAUCAUUAAGAAAAUCAACUCUGCCAUAGCUCCACUGACAUAAAAACUGAUUCAUCUUGUAUAGUGUGUAUUGAUAAAGGUGUGAUUCCUUUGUGUGCGUAGUGUGAUUUUCAAAUAUUUGUGUUUUUAUAUUCCGUUUUCUCAAGCAAAAAUGAGAGAUAGCUGGCUAUAUUCUCUUUCCAUUCAACAUUUUAAUAUUCUUGAUAAACCUUUUGUACGUGUGUAACUGCAGCAAUUUACCACCAUAUGAUAAAACUAAUAUUUUUCUACUCCAGUAAUUCAGUUAAACUUUUUUUUAUUUACAUCUUUAUUGUGUGUGUGUAAACAAAUUGGUUUGUGGAAGCAAGCUACACAUUUGUGAUUUUUGGUCAGUAGUGUUUUGAUGAGCAGUAACUUGGUAAGUAAUCAUGAGGUUUUGUGUAUGUUUGCUAUAGUAUGUAAAGUAUUUUUAGAAGUAUUACAGUGUAAAUAUCAAAUACUGUCAUUUAUUCUUGUAUAAAGUUUUCAGCAAUUAAAAGUUGCCAAGUACAUGUUUG